AUGUCCGUUCAUGUCGGUGGAUUCUGGUUCCCCUCUGAGGCCGUCCAUCAUCUGCUCACGAAAGCAUACGGCAUUCGCGACGUCACUCCCCAAGACGCCCCCUUCACCGCAACGCUUUACUUCGUCGACUACGACUACCUCAAUUGCCCCAGCCUCAUUGAACAUCCCGUCCGCGACAAAUCUGGAAAACUCGCCCAGGGAUACGUGCUUGUGUGUCGUUUGGCGUUCGUCGACGACGGGCUUGAAGUACCGGAUCUCUCCCUUGAUCAAAGUGCGACAGCAUGCGCCGACCACUGGUUCCCACCGUGGUUGCGCGACCUUGAAGUCUUCAAAGACGUUCGGUACCUUCAGUACGAGUAUACCGAAUACUUCACUAUUCCGAUCAUCUAUUCGAAAGAGCAGGAGUACGACUGGACACCGCAACGAAAGCGUCGUCCAGGAAUGCCCGAUUGGCUGCGGAAGCGUCACGAGUGGGGUCGCACUUUUGCCUAUGUGCCCCCCGGUGUGCCCGCCUUGUAUGUCUACGACGAUGACAACAGCACCAAUACGUCUGACUCAGAUCCAACCCAACCAUCCAAGGGCGGGAUCUCCCAGCCACCCCCGCCGAUGUGGCCCUUACGGACACCUUUCAUGAGGCGAAUUGGAACAGUCCGCAACGCCGCGCUUCUCAUUCAUUGCGUUCACCCUUGCUGCGCAGGCGGUGCAGUUGCACAAAUGAGAGAGACCGCGAUAGCGGUGUUUGGCGCGCUCGAUCCCGCAAUACGACUCAUCAACACCCCCUUCCGCAUCACGUUCCGGCCCCUGAUCCUUUUACUGCGCCUCUUCAUCUUCACGAAGAAGGUCGUCGCAUACACCUGCGCGAACUGCGGCGCGCGCACCUGCGCACGCCGCAAACUGUGCGAGCACCCGGCGGACCGCACAUGCCCCGCGGUGGACACCGAGAGGGUGCUCGCGAUCGGGCGUGCGCGGGGCUGGAAGCGCUGCCCCGCGUGCGGCCACCUCAUCGAGCUGAUGGCGGGAUGCUCCCGCGUCCGGUGCCCGUGCUGA